AUGGGGACGUGUCUUGUAUUCAAGCUUCCUCAUGUGCUCAAGCCGAUUCCGGGUUUCAGCUUACGCUCAGUGGCAAAAGUGAGGUUCAUGUUAGUGAAGAUGGGGCGAAACCUGAAGUUGGUGGAGGAGUUGAUGCGCCUUCCUAAUAAGGUUCUUAUCUUGAUUCAUCUUUACUCCAUGAAUAUUAUCGUUUGGAAUAGCAGGGGCGUUUUGAAGCCCAAUUUUCAAAAGCAUGUUGGGGAGUUAACCCGGAUUCAUGAUCCAGCUGUGUUUAUGGUGAUGGAGACUCGUCUUGGUGGUGAGAGAGCAAAGGGAAUCAUCGACAGGUUACCUUUUGAUGGAGCAAUCCACACGAAGACUAUUGGAUACUCGGGUGGGUUAUGGGUUCUAUGGAAUUCAGAUAAGGUGGAAGUUACUCAGAUAGCCAACACUGAGCAGGAAAUUCACGUUUCUAUCAAGGUGCGUGGUUCUAAAUUUUCCUGGAUUUUGUCUGCUGUGUAUGCUAGUCCUAGGCUUGAAGAAAGAACCAUUUUUUGGAAUAAUUUGGCUACUGUAGCUAAGUCUCAUAAUUUACCUUGGGUUAUUGCUGGGGAUUUUAAUGAGCCCCUUAAUUCUAAUGAUAAAUUUGGUGGUAGAGAGAAUAGUAUUACCAGGUCUCUACUGUUCAAGGAAUGCUUGGAUAAAUGCAAUAUGAUUGAUCUUGGGUUUUUGGGGCUAAGGUUCACAUGGACUAACCGCAGAGAAGUGGAUGCUCUAAUCCAAGAGAGAAUUGAUUGA